UCGAAAGAAUAACCCGGAAACUUUGACUUGGGCCAUCAAGCACUCCGAGUGGAUAGAUUUUUGGAAUCGAAGAGCGGCCCUAGUGGAGAAGGAAAGAAGACUCCAUAGUGAUUCAUUAUAUGAAGAGCAUCUAAAGUGGCUUGCGGGACGUUACCGGUUGAAGCUAAAGCCCGGUUGGAACCGUUCGGAAUUGGAAGAGUUGGAUCGUGAGAGCAGGUAUAUGGACUUCAAUUUAGAAACGAGAGACAACGAAGGGACACAACUUGACUACGCACAAUUACACGACCGAGUGGGCAUGGAGUUAUUGCAUUGUGUUAACGAGGCUGGUGUAGCACUUGGUGAAGAUGAGGGAAGUGGAUCAUCUAAGAAACUUCUUAGGAAAACAAUGAAGAGUUUCGUGAGUCGGUUUCACAAGAUGGCAGCUAUGCUCUCUUGCCACAAGAUUGCAGCUGGAGCUUCUACUAGCCGUGACAAUAGACGUCGUCGUCGUCUUGUCUUGCAACAAGAACAACAAGAGGAGCCAUAGCAAGAGGAGGAACUGCAAGAGGAGCCAGAGCAAGAGGAUGAGGAGCCAGAACAAGACGAA